UCCUUUUAUUAUCCUACUAGCUAGAGUGAGAAAGUUCAGAAUAAAGAAAUGAAAGAACAACUUUCUCCGAUCAACACUACGUCGCCGACAGUCGUCACCCGCCACAGAUAUUCUUCUCUUUUUGCCUCCGAUCAUCGUGACUUCCUUCUUUCUCCUACCGGAGCUCAGAUAAACAUUUCGGAUCUUGAAGACAAAAUCGUGGGUAUAUACUUUUCAGCAAAUUGGUAUCCACAAUGCCAGAGUUUUACCAAACUCUUAGUCGAAGUAUACAAUCAAAUUAAAGAGACGAACAACGAAUCAAACUUUGAGAUCGUCUUCGUUUCAUCAGACGAAGACUUGAACGCUUUCAAUAACUAUUAUCAAUCAUAUAUGCCAUGGCUCGCGAUUCCUUUUUCUGAUUUGGAAACUAAAAAGGCUUUGAACAAGAAAUUUGACAUUGAGGGAAUUCCAUGUUUGAUAAUUUUACAUCCUCAUGAUGAUACAAGUGUCGUACACGAUGGAGUUGAGUUGAUAUAUCGUUAUGGCGUUGAGGCGUACCCGUUUACUAAUGAGAGGUUAGAUGAAUUGUUGAAGCAAGAAAAGGAGAAGCAUGAUCAACAAACUUUGUUGACUCUACUUACAAAUCAUGAUAGAAAUUUUGUUUUGGCUCAUUCGGCAUCAAAAGAGGUACCUGUUUCUUCUUUGAUAGGCAAAACCAUUGGGCUUUACUUUUCAGCCCAAUGGUGUCUCCCAAGUCACAAAUUCACUCCCAAGUUGAUCUCCAUUUACCAAAAGAUAAAACAAAAGCUAAUUCAGCAAGAGUUCAAUGAGGAACUAGAAGACUUUGAAAUCAUAUACAUCUCGAGUGAUCACGAUCAGCUAGAGUUUGAGUCCUCUUUCGGUACAAUGCCGUGGCUAGCCCUCCCGUUUGGCGACCCAAAUAGUAAGGAACUAACCAAAUACUUUGAUAUAAGGGGUAUUCCUAGUUUGAUCAUUUUAGGACCCGAUGGAAAAACUGUCACAAGGAACGGACGAAGUUUAAUUAACUUGUAUGAAGAGGAAGCGUAUCCUUUUACUGAGGCUCGGGUCGAGCUAUUGGAGAAGCAGAUGGACGAGGAUGCCAAGAAUCUACCUAGCAUGGAGCUACAUUCGGGCCAUCGUCAUCAACUCACACUAGUGUCUCAAGGAAAUGGGGGAGGGCCAUUUAUAUGUUGUGAUUGUGAUGAGCAAGGUUCGGGUUGGGCUUAUCAAUGCAUUGAUUGUGGGUAUGAAGUGCAUACCAAGUGUGUUAGACCAGUGGUUCAGGUCUCUAGUGCUUGACUCGAUAUUGAAUUAAUUUGGUGAGUUUAAUAUUAUAAUGGCUCUAGAGUGAUAUUUGAUACCUUAUUAAUAAUUGUUUGAUAUUUGCUUUGUCAAAAGGUAGUCAUGGUAUGGGCUGAUGGCUUAUGAUAGAUUCUGGAAUGACUAAUUGUGUAUAAUAAUCUUUUGUAUAAUUCUUUCUAUUCCUA